GAUCUCGACCGCAGAGUCGAGUCGCUUAUUCGACGCGAUGAAAGAAAAUAUUUGAAUCGAUUUCGGGAAAUUUGGUGACAAAUGUAACGAUAAGAAUUUUCAGUGGUCAGUGUUUAAUGGAUUUUGCCGAAUGACAAUUAUAUCUACUGGGAUACAAAGGAGAUAUUUUAUUUUGCAUGAAGGGAUACCUGCCAUCACAUUCGCUGAUGAUGAAACCCGCGCCAAAGAUCGUGGUGAAAAUGAAAAUGUGAAGAUAGUUUGUGGAAAUUCAACCUAAAAGAAGAGGAAAUUUGUGUUAGGAUGUGUCCCAGUGAACCCUUCUCGCGAUCCUUGAGAGCGUUGGCAUCCCUCCUUGGUGAAGACUUUACGAGCUGACAGAGAGGCGUUUAAACGGUUAAAGCGAAAAGCGAAUCGCAGGAAGCGAAAAAGUGCCGUCAUGUCAUCAAGCGGCGAAUUCUCGACCCUGUCGAGCGGCGAAGCGACCGGAACUGGAGAAGAUUCUUUGCCAAGUUCCCGCGAAGCAACGGCGGACGCCGUGAGCUCCGGCGUUGGUUUUAUGCCGCUUCGCGAAUUCCUGGACAGAUUUUCGCUCCCGCGAGUCGUCCGGGUUGAAAGUGGUGGUGGCAGGCCUAUUUUGCUCUACAAACAACAGCAGAGGUCGCUCAGGGUCACUGCAACAUUGCUGAUGCACCGUUACAGACAUGACAUCAAGGUUGGACCCGAGAUCGUCAUUCCUGAAGGAUAUCCCGGUUGGUUCUCCGUCGUAUCGAACAACAGUGGUACCGGAAGUGCAAGGGUCUACCGUAGAGUUGGUGCACUUGUCAAGGCCGGCGUUCCUGCUUUUCUGCUCACCAAACCCCUUCGAGCAUACACACUCACACAUUCUAAAAUGGAAAGCGGUAAUCUGAGAGCUCAUUACACGAAGACAACGGUCAGGGCCGGUGAAGUUCUACGCCUAACUGCCGUGUUCCAAGACACGCGACGGGCUCCAACAACCUCAGGGAUUUCCGGGGUCAUCGCUGGCAUCCAUGAAGGCAAGAGUUCAAGGUCGUUGGAAAGAGAUCAGUACGCCCAGUGUCUGGAUUCCCAUGGGCACGAGCUCUUCGCACCCCUGACAUCAAGGGGGGAAUUUUACGCCACCUGCCAAACCGGAAGUCUCGACACUGGAAGUGAUGCCGUCCUUUACAGGGUUCAUCAGCUCGCCAAGAGGGAUCUUCCUCUCAGGGUUCGUCUAGUGGCAGGUCCACUUCCAGUACCUCUUCCACGAGACUAUAGCGGCUUAAUGCAGCUGGAAACUGCAACUAAAGGUCCGAUAGUCUUGGGUUGUGCCGUUCCCUUAGUCCCAGAGAGGCCCAACCCGAACUCCACGAUUCCCGAACUACUCGAACUGGUUGCAACCGGACCAACAGCACCUAGGGUCAAAAGAGCUCGGUUAGGAUGCCCUUCUGAAGCUAGGCUCUUGUCUUCACCGAAGAUGCAGAGAUUACUAUCGGCAUGCAGAAGGGCACUUGAUCAAAGAGCCACAGAACCGCGAGUUGCGACUCCUAAUGCCAAUUCUAGUGGACCACAGCUAAAGGAACUUCACCUGAAGGAAAUUAAGUCCAAAUCCGAAACGAAACCUAUUCUGCAAAGUCUAAGGGAAAGUUUGGAACACAUAAAGAAGACAACAAUCCGGGAUAGAAGUAACAGCCGCAGUGCCAGUAAUAAUUCCAGCACGGGAUUUCUUGAGAAGAUCACGAGAAUUACGCACGGAGGAAGAAGUCGAAACCCCGCCAAGAAGUCUGCCUCCUUCACUUUUGCGGUUCGUCCAGAAAUCGGUAUGAGAUCUCCGGAGAGAUAUGCGAGUUUAGAAUCAGAAGCGAACUCUUUGGUACCAAUGGGUGCUUCCUCGAGGCAUCAAGUCCAGAGGUCGGUGUCCACGAGCGUCCUUGAAAUGCAGACCCAAUCUUCCGAUCUCGACCCCCCUUACUCCAAGGUCAGAGACAGUCUCACUCCUCUUCCUCCGACCCCUCCAAUAAAACCGGAGGAGAUUUAUGCCGAGAUUUGCGAACCCACGGAGGAUUGUCGCUACUUGAAAAUCCCGCAAGAGAAGCCUUCGCCUCCAGGAGGGAGUGGCACUAGAGAAAAGGAUCGGGGUUACGUGAAACUCGCCUCGCAUUCUAAAAUCUCUGACCUUUCUGGAAGCUUCGAUGAUGAAGAAGGUAUUUACAAUACCGUCUGCUGAAAUCAAGAUCAAGCCUAGGUCAAAGAACAUUUGUCCUGAAUCUUGGAUAGAAGAAUCAAUCGAGGAUCAUUGAGUAACGACAAAUCAUUAGAACAAUCCGAUUUGUGCAGUAGUUGUAGUUGGAGGGAACUUCCAUGUUAUGCAGGAAGCGAAUCACAGAAAGGAAAAAUCUAACAUCCAUUGGUCAAUAGUCAAGGUCAUCACUGAAACAGGAAAAUGAUUUCUUCACUAUCAAAAGGCGGCACUUUGUGAUGAUUAAUCAUUUAACUCGUCAUGGUCCAAUGGGUUUUGAGUUUUGCGAUCGUCUUCCUGCGUGCUGGUUUUCACAUUGCGUGACGCUGACGAUUGACGCUAAACGUGUGAUUACACUUCGGACUUACUUGGAAUCAGUCCAAACGAUUCCUGGAAAAUACAACUUCGUGGGAUAAAGUAUAGGUGAAUUUCUUGCUUUGGGCGCGAGAAAAAAAUACAAAGAAAGAGAGAGAGAGCGCACGUUUUCAAGAAACAUGGAAAGUGUCUUCUAACAGAGGGAAUUCUUAAUUUUUCUCCGAGCAUGUUUCACAACUUCGAAAUUUUUAUUAUGAAUUGAAGUUCAACUUCGCAAAGUGUGGUUGAAAGUGAUUGUAUUUUCCCUUGUACAUAAAUAAAGUAGCGUAUGUGAAAGAUUA